UGGUCAUGAAAGUACGUUAAAUAGUCUUGUUAUUGCAUUAAUUUUAUAUGUAACGUAAAGCUCCUUUAGGAAAAUGCCAUCAUUCACCAUCUUUCAGAGCGUUUGUCCCAUUCAGCUUCAUUGGGAACCAGUGGAGGAUUGAAGAUACAGCAGGUUCGUCAUGGACGCGCACAGAGGGAGCGCCUUCGCGCGUCUGGACUUUGUCCUGCUGUGCGGAUAUUUGUCCAUCCUGUGCGGCGUGAUGGUGGUGCCCCAAGCCGAGGCUGGCUGCAGGGAGAGGGAGAGCCCCAACUGCUGCACCGGGAGAAACAACGACUGCUUUGAGUUCACCAGGAGGAAGACUGCGUGCUACUGUGAUACGUACUGUCAGAAGACUGGAGACUGCUGCGAGGAUUACCAGAGUGUCUGCCAAAUAUCUGCAGCCAUUGACUGUGUGGUGGGCUCAUGGGGUCCUUGGUCCUCAUGCACGUCUCCGUGUGGGGUGGGCAGCACGGAAAGAAGCCGCCAAGUGUCCGUCCCUCCUCGAAACGGGGGGACCCCCUGCCCGGACCUCAAGCAGCGCAGAGGGUGCUUUGGAAACAACGAAAUAUGCAGCACGGCAAAAGAGGUGGCAAAGAUCCUUCCAGAUUCCUUCAAGAGGAACUUUAAGGACCCUUGGAGGAGGCCUCACAUGCUGAUGAAGGAGGAGAAGGCCAGCUACUGCGUAUAUUUUAGGGUGAAACAAGCGAGCGUGGCGUGCAAAUUCAAACUAUGGAGCGCUCAGCUGGUGAGAGACAGGCUUGUGUGUGCAGAGUGCCAGAGUGACGCCAUGUCCGUGUCAGACCGAUGUGGAGGAGACGGCCUGGAGGGCACCAGAACCUUCUGGGCAGCAGCUUCAGUCGUAGGUUGUCACGGCUCAUGGGUGCGAGAGUCGUCGUCUGAAGGCUGCCGGUGUCCACCUUAUUCUGUCCUCUUUGUGUGACCAGCCGCGGGCCCCAGCACACGUCCACGUAGAAGGACCGUUUUGUCCUCAAACAGCUCCCGCAAAACUCUUGCAGAGCCUUGCCAGUCAAGCCCACAGAUCCAGAAUCUCUGGAUGGAUGGGUUCACUCAAGGAGCUCAGCAGCAUCCUGCCACUUGUUUUUGUAUUUUCCACCUCAUCCUCAACCGUACUGUAUUACUUUCUACGCACGCAGCUAUACUUGCUUCAUAUUUUACUGCCACAUUGUUGUACUUUCUUUCCUCCAAAGCACAGCAACCUCCAGUGUGCAUUUUUACCUCUUCUGCUAUCUACCUCCAUAAAUGACAACGCGUAAUAUGCAAAAAAUAUGAUUUAGCUUUAUGCAUGUACUACUCUUGAUUGUCAUGUGUAAUGUAAUAUAGCUUCGUGUAUCCACGCCUUUUCACAGUUUCACAGUUUAAGGCUCGAUUCAAAGCCUCAUAAGUGAGUUCUUUUUUUUUUUUUUGUUCAUAUUAAAACAGUGGAACCUCUAAAGUUGAAUGAAGUACAAAUUCGGACAAAGUUUUCAAGGAAAUUACUCCUCUAAAGCUGCACCAAAAUCCAGAGGUUGAACGGUACUGGCUUGUUUUGUGUUUUUGAUGAUGAUGACCAUAGAGCAGGAAAUGAAACAUACAGCAUAGUGACAUAGAAAAGCGUGAUAUAUUUGUCCUGACUGCUCAGUACAAUAUGGCUAAGUCGACAAUAAUAAUAGAGGAAGAAUGGAACGUACACCGCAAAGUCAGAUAGUGAAGAGAUUCACCGCCCUAGGUACCAGCAGCAAUCUCCCAGGGCAUGUCUGUCAUCAAGGGUGAGUACAUGUUUUAUUAUUGAUUUGUUGAAUUUUGAUUGUAGCGGUUAACUUCUUUUUACACUUGUAUGAUAGUGAAACGUGACAUUUUUAUACUUAUUAAGCAGUAAUCCUUCCUAUUUCCAUAAGCACCCAUGUACAGAUUAUGCCCUUUUUCCCAAAAUAUAACAUUUUAGCCAUAAUAUUCUAAUAUUUUCUAGCAUGUCAACAUUCCAGAAAAAUUGGACUGUCCCAAAUAAUGCAUUAGUCUGAAUAGUCUGAAGACUUAUUUUUAAAGACAAACUCAAACACAAAAAAACAACAAAUUAAUCAUUUUUUACAGUCAGGUUUUCAAUAUCGGUUCGGAAGAAGGUGAAAGUAAGAAGCCAAAAACGUACCACUUCCACACAGAAUGGGAGAAGAACUUCUUUUAACUAUGUCAUGUCGGACAUGCCAUGGCUGACUCCAUGCAGUGUGAAGGUAAUGUAAUAUAAUGUCAUGUCUCAUCAGUGUAACAUUACUGACGCCUAGUGACCGGAAUACUACAUAUAACUUGUCUUUCAAUAUUUUUGGACUAAUAGGCCAUAGUCACCCACGAAACAGCUAUCAUUUAUUAAUAGGGGUGUCACGAGACGAUACGCGAGAUUGGGUCUACUUCUAGACGAGACGAGAUUUUAACAUUACUUUAAAGAAAAGUAUCAUAAAAAAAGACAAUAUAUUGCAGUCUAGUAAGUUAACUGAUACUACGUUACACUUGUCUGCACUCUGUGUGUAUACCAGCGGCCCCGCCUCCACCCACCAAGACAGAGAGACUAUAACUGACAAAAGGGCUCACUCCGUUCAUGCCGUUCUAUGGAACAACCGUGCCAAAGUGCUGAAACCAAUGCACAGAGUGAUCCCUAUUCCUGCCUGUUUGUGGGCGAGAGACGAGGAAAACAGACAUGCACAUGGCAAUAUAUUGAGGCCGGCAAAAUGAUUGAGUUCAUUUUCAUUUAUUGAGUGAUUAAUUAGGUAAUUAAUUUAUUUUCGGGCCAGGGGACAGGUUUUUUUCUGAACGAGAAAUCUUGUCACGUUUUAAUCUCACAAGAUCUUGUGACACCCCUAUUUAUUAAUUCAUGAAUUGUUGAAGAACAGAGAGAGCAAUGUUUGAACCGCGAUGUAGCGAGGGCCGACUGUAUAGAAAAGGAUAUUGUAUUACUUAUAAUUCCUCCCGUCAACCUCUCAACCUUUGAGACACUUUUUUAGCGGGUCUCUGUUUGCAGCUGAAUCUCCAGGUGUGUGCGUGAGUGGCAGGAAGAAAAGCUCUGACUCGCUCAGGGAGAAGUGGUUUGUCGCCACCUGUUGGGUUGCACGUAUAAAUCUGUGUAUAAUAUAAGACCACCUGUUAUGUUUUUAGACUUUUUUUAUAGUGAAAAAAUAUGGCAUUUCUUCAUAUCAUCCUUUGAGAACGCGUGUUGUUACAUUUCAUCAGCGGUUAACUUCUUUUUACACCUGUUGAAUGUUAAAACUUUCUUUGAAACGGUUUAUCCAAUUUGUAUGAUAGCGACAGUUCGACCCUGGAAUGCGUUCUUUCCAUUUACAUUAUUUCCUGUCCUUUAAAAUAACAAAUCAUUUCAUCUUAGAGGUUCCACCGCUGUUUUUCCAUUCAGUUCAGCAGCAAUAUCAGGCAUGAUCUAUACUCAGGUACUUCGAUGUAUUAGUCUCCUGCUUCUUCAGUCAUGACUGUCUUGUUUGCGUGGCUAAAAUCAAUCCAACAUUUUUAUUUUUUUUGGGACGGAAUAUCGUUGGAGUGGAAAAACAGCCAUUUAACAGAAUUUCAGUGUCCUCAAGGAAUUUUCACUCCCUUCCUCCUUAGACAACCAAUUACCUUCACGUGGGAGUUUUAUCAGUAAAGUAACCAUCCUGGCCUUGCCGCCUUUUUACUCCCAGUUUGUAUUCAUUAAUGGCCUAGGAAGGUCAGACACAGCACUUCUAGUCCUGUCCGCUUGCAUGUGUGUGUUUCUUCCUGCCAAGAAACAGCAGAUUAACGUAACAUUCUUGACUUCAACAACACAGCUCAUUCAAGCGCAUGAAUUCCAAAUACCACACACACAUACCAGAACGUUCCUUAAAGUGGAAAGCUGUGACUUGUUAUUUCUCUCUCCACAUGUAUGUGUUUGUGUUUAUUUAUUAUGAAACAAUGAAUUUAUUAGUGCAGCGCAUCAGCCUCAUGUACACUGUCCUUUAGUGAAAAUAAACAACUAUACAGUCAA